AUGGACAAGAACGUACACAUCUACCGGAGCCCGUAUCCGACAGUACAGCUGCCCAAUGUGCCCUACCACAAGUUCCUGCUGGACCGUAUGGCGCAGCACGACCAGGCCAAGCCGGCCCUGGUGGACUCGGUCACCGGCCGCACCUUGACCUACGGCGCCCUGCGGUCCGGUAUUGAGGCCUUCGGCGCGUGGCUGCUGCGCCGAGGCUUCGGCAAGGGCCAAACCCUCGCCCUCAUUUCCUACAACCUCCCCGAGUACGCCAUUGUCUUCCACGGAGUUGUUUCUACCGGCGGCACGCUGACGACGGUCAACCCGCACUACACGGCGGAGGAGAUGCAGAAGCAGCUGACGCACUCCAACGCCUCGAUCAUCUUCACCAUUGAGGAGGACUUGGAAAAGGUCAAGAAGGCGGCCGAGGGCAGGCCCAUCAUCUUGUUCUCUACGAAGCAGACCGACGUGGCCGGCACUAUCCCCUUCCGUGAGACUAUGCAGCCGCCCACCGAGGAGGACCUUCAGAGGCUCCACCAGCAACUCACGGCAUCGGAAUUCGCGCAGGUGGUGAUCGACCCGGAGAACGACGUGGCUGCUCUGCCGUACUCGUCUGGCACCACGGGUCUCCCCAAGGGAGUCAUGCUCACCCAUCGCAACCUGACGGCCAACGUCCUGCAGAGCGUGGCCGCCGAGGGCGCGCUUCACACGUCGGCCGUGCUUGUCGCUGUGCUGCCCAUGUACCAUAUCUACGGCAUGCAGUGCAUCAUGAACUGCGGUCUCUACCACGGCGUCACGCUGAUCACCAUGCCCAAGUACCAACUGAAGGACUUCCUUCAUGUGUGCCAACACUAUGGAGUUACGAGGGCCUACCUGGUGCCGCCCAUCAUUCUCCAGCUGACCAAGGACCCGCUCGUUGCCCAGUACGACCUAUCCAAGCUGCGGGUCAUCAACUCUGGCGCUGCCCCCUUGGGGCCGGAGCUGCAGGCCGAAUGCCAGGCGAAGCUCAACGUGAUCGUCAAGCAGGGCUACGGUCUCACCGAGACCAGCCCCACCACGCACGUCACCCCUGACGACCCCAAGACCAUCAAGCCCGCCUCAAUCGGACCUCUCCUCAGCAACACCGAGCUUCGGCUGGUUGACACUGCCACUGGCGAGUCGGUCGGGCCGCACAAGCGUGGUGAGAUCUGGAUGCGCGGACCUCAGAUCAUGAAGGGGUACUACAACAACGAGGCGGCCACCAAGGACAUGAUCACCGAAGACGGCUGGCUGAAGACUGGCGACAUCGGCUAUGCCGAUGAUGACUCCUACUUCUACAUUGUCGACAGGGUCAAGGAGCUGAUCAAGUUCAAGGGUCUGCAAGUGGCACCGGCCGAACUCGAGGCGGCCCUCCUCUCGCACCCCGCCGUCGCUGAUGCGGCCGUGAUCGGCGUUCCUGACGUCGAGGCCGGCGAGAUUCCCAAGGCCUUCGUCGUCUUGAAGAAGGGCCAUGAGCACGUGACCAAGGCGGACAUCAACGCGUUCAUGCACAGCAAGCUGACGUCCUACAAGCGACCCAAGGAGAUCGAGUUCAUCGCUGUGGUGCCCAAGUCGCCCAGCGGCAAGAUCCUCCGCCGUGAGCUGCUACGAGUCGAGCUCGAGAAGCGCAGCCAGUCCCGCUCCACCGCCAAACUGUGA